AUGCUCGCGCUCUCCAUCGUCAACGUCGCUGCGACGAUCUCGUCUGUGGCGCUAUGCCUGUCGCCGUACCCAGACUUCCGCCGGAUCCACACUCAAACGAGCACGGGCGAGGUCCGCAUCCUCCCCGUCUUGAUGCUCUGCUGCAACUGCGUGUUGUGGGGUCUGUACGGCCUCGUCAGCGGCAGCUACUUUCCCGUCAUGUCCAUCAAUAUUUUCGGGACGCUCACGACGGUCUCGUUCGCCUCGGUCUUCUACCGCUGGUCGACUGAUCGAGCCACGUUGAACAAGAUGGCGGCCUGCACGGGGCUGGGGCUUCUGACGGUGGUGGCUUUCACGAUCCUGGCCCAGACGGGGGCCAUCCCAGUGUCGACCGACGGACUGGUGGAGAUCCUCGGCUACUGCGCGGUUGCGAUCAACAUUUGUCUGUAUGCGGCUCCGCUGCAGACGAUGAAGCUCGUGAUCCGAACCAAAUCGUCGGCGUCGCUCCCGAUGACAAUGUGCGUCGUGAACCUCUUCAACGGAGCGCUCUGGUGCGUGUACGCCAUCCUCAAGAGCGACAUGUUCGUGCUGACCCCCAACUCGGUGGGCGUGGCGAUGUGCAUUGUCCAACUAGAGGAACCGCUGUCCCGCGCCAAGAGCGAGAUGGCGCUGGCAGUCACCACGUGCGCGGAGGCCGUGGCGUUCGAGUUCGCGCGAUCUAAAUCGUACAGAGUAGUAGCGACACCGCAGACAGCUUAG